CAAGCAACAACAGAAGGAAUUUCAGAACAGAUGAAAAGAAUAGCGUGGACUUGAGCACUGAGAGAAUAAUACCGAAGACACCGGUAGCGGCUAAGAACUUAGGGUACUAAGGCUUCAACAGUAGCUGAAGUUCGACUUAUUUGGUAUAUUCUCUGUUCAAGUGAAUGACAAUGGACAGUGUUAGGGUCCGCGUGGUUGUCUACCUGGGCGUCUGUCUGUCUGUAUUCAGUGCUGUUUGCCAAGGGCAGAUGUCACCUGAAAACAGCCUCUCUUCACAAGAAGAACAAUUUCCACUGGCAUAUGUCACCAGAGAUUUGGCUGAUGCGCUUGAGGGACUUCUGGAAGACAAGCAGCAAGACAAUAUGAUAGGUUUGUCGGUGGAGAAAAAAGCCAGUCUCAUUCCACGGUGUGAUGUUGGAGAGCGAUGUGCAAUGAAGCACGGGCCACGUAUCGGAAGGCUCUGUGACUGUCUGCGAGGCACCGCGUGCAACACGUUCUUCCUCCGUUGUUACUGACCAAAAAGUGUAACAAUUUUAGGUGACCCACCUGUGAUACUCCCAAACUCCUAUGUCGUUUUCAAUGUAAAUGUCAGUCUGCAUGUAUGACUGUCUUAAAUUCCUUUGUCUUUUCGAAGAUGUCGUAAUAAAUGUAUUUAUUUUUUAUUAAUAAAAAACAAACUUCAUAUUUC